AUAAAUGUGGUAAAAGGGGAAUUUCUUUUAUAAAGAUUGGCCUGUCAAUUCACUUCUGACUUCAUUAACCGUUAAUCUUUACUUACAGAAAUAUAAUAGGAAGCUUUAAAAAGGAUUAUUAUCUUUUUAAUUAAAGUCAAAAUGGAACAGAAAUCAAAUCAAAAUUCAAAGUAAAUCGAUUGUUCAGAGUAAAAACCCUCACUCGCUCUAAAAACUCGAACUCAGUGGAGACGAUGACGGACUCAAAGGUGGAAACGAUAGCUAGAUUAGCCCAGUGGAAAAUCGACAGUUUCGGACCCACCACUCCUUACAGAAGAUCCGACCCGUUUAAAAUCGGCAUAUGGAAUUGGCAUUUAUCGGUGGAGAAGAGCCGAUCCGUAUACAUUCGGCUUUUCCCCGAGCCGUCGCGGGUUUCCAAAGAGCAGCCGCCGGUUGCCCGGUUCGUCAUACGUGUCACCACCGCCGGCUCUAAUCGCAGACCCUACAUCUCCCCCAUUCAUGAGAGGCUACUUCGUACAAGUGACGACUUUGCUUGUCCUAUUGACAUAAAUUGCCAAGGCCGAUUCAUCAUUGACGUUGAGUUUCUCGACCUCAAGAUCUGCCCUCUCAAUGGUGGAGAGGGCAGUUCAAUAUGGCCAAGUGAUGAGACGAUGCAAAACCUAGCAACUCAAAGCACAUUCAAAUGCCUAUCCCGAAUGCUAAACGAGUCAAUUCACGCUGACAUCACCAUCAACACGACCGACGGAAAACUAAAAGCCCACAAAGCAAUUCUCUCCGCAAGCUCUCCCGUUUUCGACAGUAUGUUCACCCACGACCUAAAAGAGAAGGAAUCUUCAACAAUCGACAUAGAAGACAUGACAUGCGAAUCUUGCAUGGCACUCCUCAGUUACUUGUACGGUACUAUGAGAUCAGAAGAUUUUUGGAAGCACCGGUUGGCAUUAUUGGGUGCUGCGAACAAGUAUGCCAUUGUGGACUUGAAAGAUGCUUGUGAGGAGAGUCUUCUAGAAGAUAUCAACACGGGGAAUGUUCUGGAAAGAUUGCAAGAGGCUUGGAUUUUUCAGCUUGGGAAAUUGAAGAAAGGGUGUUUGGUGUAUUUGCUCGAUUUCGGAAAGAUUUAUGAUGUUAGAGAAGAAAUGAAUGAUUUCUUCAGAAAGGCUGAUAGGGAACUUGUGGUGGAGAUGUUCCAGGAGCUGCUUGCUGUUUGGAAACCAACUUGACUAUAAUCCUUUAAUUUUAUUUUUUCUAAACAUUGUUUCGUUUUGAAGAGAUAAAUUUUACAAGGGCAAAAACGUAAAUAUAAUAGUAGACCGUGCUUCAAGAUUAUUGUCAAUAGAAUGAACAACAGAGCAAAGUAUGGGAGUGUCGUUUUCGUGUGAUAACGUUUUAGUCGUUGUAUGUUUAAAGCUAGGAGCGUGAAAUGUUAAUUCCAAUUUCUUUCCGAAAAAAAAAUCAAUUACAGUCUAAAAGAAAAUCGGAAUUCGAAAUGA